GCAGCCUCCUCAGCGGGACACGUUUCCCCCCACAGCCGCCUGGAGAAGUCAUCCUCCCCGCUGUCCUGCUCCUCCCCGGCCCGCAGACCCCCCACCACCGCCGCUCACCGCUCAUCUCGGGGGGGACGGCCGUCCGGGAUGAAGCGAUCAUCCCGGUAAAAGUUCAUACUCUCCACAUCAGCAGAGCCGGAGCUCCGCCGGACCCCCGGUCCUCCCGUCCCCGCCGAGGAGAGCAUGGGCUGCGGCUUGCGGAAGCUGGAAGACCCGGAGGACAGCAGUCCCGGGAAGAUCUACUCCACCCUGAAGAGACCGCAGGUGGAGACCAAGACCGACUCGGUGUAUGAAUAUGUGCUGCUGGACUUCAGCCUGGAAGGCAGCCGCCCCACAGUCCAGUACGUGUCCUCGCUGUCGGAGCUGCCUCAGGCCCUGCAGCCUUACUACACGCAGGGCUACGUCCUGACCGCCCUGCACCCGAUCAUCCUGUCCGUGGGCCGGACCCGCUCGCUGCCCUUCAGUCUGCUGUACCGCGCCAUCCUGGCCCGUCCCAGACCCAGUAACCAGAAGGCGCCCGUGUGUCACAGCGUGCCCCUGCUGAGGGUGGAGGAGUGGCCGUUGCCCGGAGACUCGCUCACGGGCGACACCGUGAGGGCGCUGGUCGACCGGGUGAACAGCAGCGCUCGCGGGGGGGUUCGGUUCGUCGGCUCCGUCCUCCAGCAGGUGAGCGGGAUCACCAGCGGGCGGCUGCACAGUCCCAAGAGGGGCUGCCGCUCCCCGCCGCGGACGCCCCCUCACACCCCGACCGCAGACGGAGAGCAGGAGGACAACAUCUACAGUCCCGACUUGAGAUUGCUGGUCUUCUUCCACUCCUGGGCGCCGGGCUGCGCGCCUCUGGACUCGCUGGCCUGCCAGUACCACCAGGGGGCGCUCUCCAUGCGCGUUUCCAGGAAGGGCCACGUGGUCAGUGCCCUGGAGGCCGACUGGCUGGAGCUGACGGCGGCGUACUACCGCAAGGGCUGGUCGCUGGUGGACUCCUUCGUGUACUGGGACACACCCAAAGGUGAGCCGGUGCCCAGAUCCCUGGAGGGACUGUUUGUGUACGAGGAGAGGAGCACCUCCCCUCCUGCCAACGACACCAUCGUGGUGGAGCAGUGGACCGUCAUCGAGGGCAGCAGUGUAAAGACGGACUACGGGCCGCUGCUUCACACGCUGGCAGAGUUCGGCUGGCUGCUCACGUGUGUGCUGCCCACACCCAUCAUCCGACACGACAGUGACGGGAAUCUGGCCACCAAACAGGUCGUGUUUCUGCAGCGACCGACCAGAAACCCGGCAGCUGGACACCCGAGGACCCAGCCGGCGUCUCUGCCCAGCACGGUCAGCUCGGCUCGUCCCAUGAGUCUCGCCGCCGGAGGCUCCAGCCCAUCAGACGACUUCUGCCCCGCUGCCGGAGGCAUCGGAGGCUUCCCGGUGUUCGGAGGGGGGUUCCCCAGCUCCCUGUCCCACCUGGAGGAGGGAGGCCUGGAGCAGGACGAGGGGAAGGCUGAGGUCACCUGCAUGUGAGCAGGAGGACAGGUGGAUGCAGAGGGGGGCGACCUCCCACUGUCGCCUCGUUCAUGAAAAGGACUAAACAUAAAAGAACUCAGCACUUUUUUUUAAAAGCAGUUUUAAUUAAGCCAUGAUGAGUUUUAUUUACUUCACUUUUGUACCAUUUCAGGUGCUAAUGAGACUUAAAUGUUGCGUGGCAGAAACUCUCCUCCUGAACAUCUGCUGCCUGGAGUAACACGUUUAUGGAGGAAACAGUAUUUCUUUAGGCUGUUGAAAAAUAUUUUCUACUUUUUGAAAAGUUUUCCUUACUUUUAUGAACAGUUUGGAUCUGCCAUGGUACUGACGACACGCUGCAGUCGAUGAAAUCCUUUACAGAUUAUUCAGAAAUACACUUUAAACAUGUCAAUUGUAUAUUUAAAUAACGAUUGGGAUUUCUUGUGUAACACUGCUUUCAUUACAUGCUUGAGUUGCAUUGUGGGUAGUGUAGUUUCCAGGGAGAGGUAGAAACUACAGCCGUGAUUAUAGAAAUCCUAAAAGAAAAAGUGGAAUGCACCUUUUUAAUACUACAGAAAGCAGUGUUGUAUCACUCCCUCGUCUGAUGUCUCACUGUGUACAUCCUCGUGUCCUCGAUUCCUCUCCUCUCACCUGAGAUGUGAUUGGAGGAAGUCACAAGCCGCUGUUGUACGAAAAGAUCACAGAUGCUGUGAGGAUUCCUCCUCAGCACCUCCUCUCUCCAGGAGCAUCUCAGGAACCGAGGUGCUGCUCACAGGAGAGGACGAGACGAGAGAAAUGACCUUUAAACUGACCUUUGAGUUGUUCAUGUUUUAAAUCAGUAUUAAUAUACCUGCCCUUUGUCCUUGAAGAGUGUUACGUUUCACAUCUUUUACUCUCGAUGCUUAAACUUUAACAGUGUUUUGUAAAUGCUUUUGUUCAUUAGUUGUUGCUCGGUGUAGUUGCCGGAUGGCAUCACUUUGUUUGGAUUAAAAAUGUAAAACCUC